GCAGCUCAAACUGGCUCUUGUGAACACACUUUCAGAUUUGCACCUGAGAAAUCAGAAAAUCCUACAAUUCAGGGCUUAUUACACCUUUUUGCUGAUUGUCUAAACCUAAAGAGCUUGUUAUCACGCAUUUACCAGCAUAUACCUGAUGGCAGGAUGAAUAUUCAGACCAAUCUUUAGCCUUUAAGGAUUCAAUUGAAUUUUUAUUUUUUCAAAUAGCCCUAAGACAACUUCUGAGGAGAAACUCCUCUAAGUAGCUCUUAGCUCCAGUUCCCCUGGAGUGCCCUUUGAUCAAGUUCUUUUAGUAUUAAAGGCCGGGCCUGGUAUUUCAUUAGGCAUAACCAGAAAGCUGAACAGAGAGAAAGAUGUGGAAGACUUCCCUGCUGCCCAAGGUCCUGACUUUGGGGGUCCUGUGCCUCCUGAUUCAAGCCCCAGGGCAUCAUGCAGAUGACUUCAUCAGGACCACUGAGUCUGGACAGAUCCAAGGGACUCAAAUCCGUAUCAAGGGGACUGAUAAAGCUGUCAAUGUUUUCCUGGGAAUCCCCUUUGCCAAACCCCCUGUGGGGGCCCUAAGGUUUUCUCCUCCACAACCACCAGAUUCAUGGAGCAAUGUGAGAGAUGCCACUGCUCUUCCACCCAUGUGUUUGCAGGAUGUUGCUACCCUAGAAAAAAUGACAAGGGCUGUGAAAGUUAACAUUCCUAUUACUGCCAGUUCUGAAGACUGUUUGUACCUCGAUAUCUAUGUUCCUGUGCACACAAAGGAGGGAGCCGGAUUGCCGGUGAUGGUGUGGAUCCAUGGUGGUGGUCUUAUUUUUGGUGGCGCUUCCAUAUAUGAAGGCUCUGUAUUGUCUGCCUCCCAGAAUGUGAUAGUGGUCAACAUCCAGUAUAGACUGGGUGUCCUUGGGUUCUUCAGCACUGGAGAUGAGCAUGCACCUGGCAACUGGGGGUACCUGGAUCAGGUGGCUGCCCUGAGGUGGGUCCAGAAGAACAUUGCCCACUUUGGAGGAGAUCCUGGCCGUGUGACCAUCUUUGGGGAGUCUGCUGGAGGAAUAAGUGUUUCCUCACAUGUUCUGUCCCCCAUGUCCAAAGGCUUGUUCCACAGAGCAAUCAUGCAGAGUGGUGUGGCCACCCUCCGUGGCAUGAUUUCUUCCAGCUCAGAAAAAAUUGUGAAUGUCAUUGCCAAUCUGUCUGCUUGUGAGAGACACGAUUCUGCCUCCAUGGUUCAGUGCCUUAGGAGCAAGUCUGAGGAUGAGAUCCUGGCCAUCACCAAGCAUUUCAACAUAUUCCCUGGUGUAGUUGAUGGGCAGUUCCUCCCCAAACAUCCUGAAGAGUUGCUGGCUGCAGGAGAGUUCCACCAUGUCCCUUCCAUCAUUGGUGUCAACAACCAUGAGUAUGGCUGGAUGAUUCCUGCAGGAAUGAACAUUCCUGGAUUUAAGGAAAAAAUGGAUAAAGAAAGUGUCCAAUCAAUAUUGCUAAGACCAUAUUUGGGUCUUUCUCCUGAGCUUGUGCGUUUGAUAAUGGAAGAGUACUUAAAAGAUACCGAGGACCCUGGAGAAUGUCGAGCUCAAUACCAGGAAAUAAUGGGAGAUAUGGUCUUUGUUAUUCCUUCCCUCAAAGUGGCCAAAUAUCAACACAGUCCCAGCUCUCCAGUCUACUUUUAUGAAUUUCAGCACCGACCAAGCGUACUUAAGGAUGUCAGGCCAGAUUUUGUGAAAGCAGACCAUGGUGAUGAGCUGCGUUUUCUCUUUGGAGGACCUCCUUUAGGAGAGGCAACAGAAGAGGAAAAACUGCUGAGCCACAGGAUAAUGAGCUACUGGGCAAACUUUGCCCGUCAUGGGGACCCAAAUGGCCCAGACCUUAUUCACUGGCCAGUCUAUGACCAGAAGGAAGAGUACCUGCAGCUGAAUUUACAGUUGUCUGUGGGAAAGAGCCUGAAGAGAGAUAAGUUUGUGUUCUGGACCAAGACUGUGCCUCAGAAGAAGAAGGAAUCACAGACUGAAAAAGCCCGGGUGGAGUUGUGAUCUCUAAGCAUAACUGUUUUUGCAUCUGUUACAGACCAAUAACACCCAGUCAUUUGCUUUGAGUAGUUCUUUGGUCUCAACUAAAAUAUAGUGCAGUUUUGAGUGUAA